AUGGCAGGGCUGCUUAGUUUGAGGAAAAGUCUUCUUACCACUCCAGCAUGUACACCGCCUCAGUACCCUGCACACUGGGCCCUGCCAAUUCAGACGAUGGACGGCAUGGAGACUGAUGAGAAGCAAUCAAAUCUCAGGUUGCUCAGGACGUCUUCGAUUCUGGACCAAGGAGACACGUGCACUACUCGCCAUGGAGACUGUCUCAGACUUUGUACUGAUAAUGCGAGAACAGUAUCCACAAGCACUGACCUACAUGCCCUUCUUGGACCUGCAGAACGUAUAAAAUUUCAAGUGAUUCAGGUGCAGGAGACCAAGAGUAGAAGGAGAGACGUACGACAGAUGAAUGACAGUACACUCGUUGUUCGCAAAGAAAGGGUCCCGUCGCAAAAUGGAGGCUGUUUUGUUGUGCGCGCAUGUCGUCCAUCUUCUUGA